CAGAAACUACACAAUGUGAAUAUCUUGGGCUAUAUCCUUCUGGUAUUUUAGUUUUUUCUUUAAUGAGCAGCUUGGGGGGUUGGCAAACAUAGGGUCACACUAAACGCACUGUCUUGAAACCUACUUCUCGCUCUGGCACGUUUUUGAUGUGACCUGUGAUGACAUCUCUACACGUGUGGACAGAGGACACAGAAAAAUAGCCACUUCGUUUAGUUCCCCGAGGGACCCUGAGGAGCUGGGGGCCCUCUAUGGGUUUCUCUUUUCCUUGUGAUAAAAUUAUGGAACGUCUUCCUCGCCUCGCCUUUGUGCCCACCCCCCGCCGUGGUCCCAGCGGCAGCAAGCCCGAUCCUGCAUGUUCCCAGCACCCAGGGGACCAGCACCUGGUCGCAUGUACCCACUGCGGUCACCCGGCCGGGUGGCUCCCUGGUGCCUGUCCACAGCUCAGAUGCUGGCAGGCUGCCUGCACCCCCGCCGCCUGGACCCAGGGCUGCCCGCAGCCUGUCUGCCAGCUCACCACCCUGUCUAUCCCCUUUGCAGGCUCCCACCCCGCGAUUGCAGGGGGAACUGCUGCGGAGCUGACCCCGCACAGAAAACCAUCAGGGUGACCUUGAGCCGCAAAACUGCUGUCCGCGUGGACCGGGGCUGACAUUGCACGUCCGUCUGCCAGGACCCCUGCGUCCAAACUCCGAGACAUGGCGACCAACGGCAGCAAGCUGGCCGACGGGCAGAUCUCCACAGAGGUCAGCGAGGUCCCUGUGGCCAAUGACAAGCCCAAAACCCUGGUGGUCAAGGUGCAGAAAAAGGCGGCAGACCUCCCGGACCGGGACACGUGGAAGGGCCGCUUCGACUUCCUCAUGUCCUGCGUGGGCUACGCCAUCGGCCUGGGCAAUGUCUGGAGGUUCCCGUAUCUCUGCGGGAAAAAUGGUGGUGGGGCCUUCCUGAUCCCCUACUUCCUGACGCUCAUCUUCGCGGGGGUCCCCCUCUUCCUGUUGGAGUGCUCCCUGGGCCAGUACACGUCCAUUGGGGGCCUGGGGGUGUGGAAGCUGGCCCCCAUGUUCAAGGGUGUGGGCCUGGCCGCGGCGGUGCUGUCCUUCUGGCUGAACGUCUACUACAUCGUCAUCAUCUCCUGGGCCAUCUACUACCUGUACAACUCCUUCACCACGACGCUGCCGUGGAAGCAGUGUGGCAACUCCUGGAACACAGACCGCUGCUUCUCCAACUACAGCGCCAUCAACACCACCAACAUGACCAGUGCCGUGGUGGAGUUCUGGGAGCGCAACAUGCAUCAGAUGACAGACGGGCUGGAUAAGCCAGGUCAGAUCCGCUGGCCCCUGGCCAUCACCCUGGCCAUUGCCUGGAUCCUGGUGUAUUUCUGCAUCUGGAAGGGUGUUGGCUGGACUGGAAAGGUGGUCUACUUCUCCGCCACCUAUCCCUACAUCAUGCUGAUCAUCCUGUUCUUCCGUGGAGUGACGCUGCCCGGAGCCAAGGAAGGCAUCCUCUUUUACAUUACGCCCAACUUCCGCAAGCUGUCGGACUCCGAGGUGUGGCUGGAUGCAGCCACCCAGAUCUUCUUCUCCUACGGACUGGGCCUGGGAUCCCUGAUAGCUCUCGGGAGCUACAACUCUUUCCACAACAACGUCUACAGGGACUCCAUCAUCGUUUGCUGCAUCAACUCCUGCACCAGCAUGUUCGCGGGAUUCGUGAUCUUCUCCAUCGUGGGCUUCAUGGCCCACGUCACCAAGAGGUCCAUUGCUGACGUGGCGGCCUCAGGCCCCGGCCUGGCGUUCCUGGCGUACCCGGAGGCCGUCACCCAGUUGCCCAUCUCCCCCCUCUGGGCCAUCCUCUUCUUCUCCAUGCUGCUCAUGCUGGGCAUUGACAGCCAGUUCUGCACGGUGGAGGGCUUCAUCACCGCACUGGUGGACGAGUACCCCAGGCUGCUCCGCAACCGCCGGGAGCUGUUCAUUGCCGCCGUCUGCCUCGUCUCCUACCUGAUCGGCCUGUCCAACAUCACCCAGGGGGGCAUUUAUGUCUUCAAACUCUUCGAUUACUACUCGGCCAGCGGCAUGAGCCUGCUGUUCCUCGUGUUCUUUGAAUGUGUCUCCAUUUCCUGGUUUUACGGCGUCAACCGGUUCUAUGACAACAUCCAAGAGAUGGUCGGCUCCAGGCCCUGCAUCUGGUGGAAGCUCUGUUGGUCCUUCUUCACCCCCAUCAUUGUGGCGGGCGUGUUCAUUUUCAGCGCCGUGCAGAUGACCCCUCUCACCAUGGGGAGCUACGUCUUCCCCAAGUGGGGCCAGGGCGUGGGCUGGCUCAUGGCUCUGUCUUCCAUGGUUCUCAUCCCCGGAUACAUGGCCUACAUGUUCCUCACCUUAAAGGGCUCCCUGAAGCAGCGGAUCCAGGUUAUGAUCCAGCCAAGUGAAGACAUUGUGCGCCCGGAGAACGGUCCGGAGCAGUCCCAGGCCAGCGGCUCAGCCAGCAAGGAGGCCUAUAUCUAGGGGUGCGGGGCGGCUCGCCCACCCACGCUCUCACCCCCCACCCCGGCUGCACGUGACCACCACUUGAAGUCUGAAGAUACCGUCUAUCUCAACCUACCUCGAGUGGAGAGUCCAGACAGCAUCGCCAGGCAAAGAGAGGGAGGUGGGGACAGUCACACCCCCGGGGGUGGGGGGCUCCCGCCGUGGGAGGAGUAGAUGCUCGCGGGCUGGUGACCUUUGUAACCCGGCCUCCCCCCUCCCCCGUCAGCAUCGGCUACACGGGCCGCUGUAAUAGAUCUUUUUUACUACCCCGCCGGCCAGGGAGAGGCGGCGAGACCGUGCGCUCCUGGCUUUUAGUUUUAAUUUCCGACUGUUCUCUUACUGCCGAAACCCAUGACUGUUAUCUCCGGCUUGGCAGGAGUUGGGUUCUGCCGGGAAUGCUGCUCUGCGCGCGUGAAAAGGGUAUUUUCUGUAUAAUGGGCAUUUCCAGGGAGAGCUCACCUUUAAUAAGAGCAGGGAGCCAGCGCUUUCGUGUUGUUUUUCUCCUUCCCGAGGCAGCUUGACACCCCCGCCCACCCCCGCAGGUCCGUCAGCAUUCCCAGAGCUGCUUUCUCAAGCAGUCGAUCCAGUAACCUGUUUCCCUUCCACCCAACUGAACGGGCAUCUCUGCACUGUUUGCCUACUUCCCCGCUCACCCCUCUCCCAACCCACCCCACUCCACACUCCUCGCCAGGCCAUUCUGAGGGCGCCUGGCCCAGCAGCAGUCCUUCCAGACAAAGCCCCUGCUCCUCGGAAAACCGCUGCAAAGCACAAUUGAUUUUUUUAACCACCAUUGGCGGUGGAGGGGCUCUGAUCCCGCCGGGGAAGUUCCCUAACCAGGAGCCCUUUUCUUAGGCCAGCCUGCUUUGCAGGGCACAGAACCGUCCAUGGGAAGUGAAGGUGAGGCCCUGUGCUUGACUGCAAAGUGGAUCGAGUGGUUUGAACUGUCUCCUUCUUGAACCGUCUCACCCCUUACAGCCACCCCAGUCACGCCUGCUGCCCUCUCCCCUCCUCUGAAAUUCCCCAGUGGGCAUCUCCUCGCUGCCACUAAAACCCACCAGCCCAGUAACCAAGGGGCUGGUGUUAAUCCAGACCCCCUCCCCAAGUGCUUCCGAGAUUAAAACUGCUUCAUCGGGAGGUGGUGUGUAUGCAUUUCCAGAACUGGGCUCCAAGGUGGUGAUGGUGGUGGCGAUGGUGGCAGAUCCAGUGAAGAGUUUCUUGCAAGCUCCAGCAACUCAGCAGUUUCUCCUUUGCUGGGAACGUGGGUCCCCAUGUAGCAAGUCGUACGUUGUGCCCUGUACUCCUUAGCUAGUUAAACUCACGAGCUGUGUUUUACAACUAAUCCUUAAUAACUAUGGUAAAUAACUGUGACUGUGGGUUUUUUAAAAUCUGUCAUCCUCAUCCAGAAGUGACCAGCAUACCAGUUCUUGCAAUAAGGUAUUACCCUCAGAAUAUUAAGCACAUUCUUGUAGAAAAAAUGUUCGUGUAUGCAUAGAAACGCACACAUACGUACAUUCAUCCUCGCGUGUGGUACCUAGGGUCUCAUCUGAUAUUGUGUAGGAAAUCCACAAGCUUUUCCUGAAGUCAUCUGUAAAAUAGUCUCAUCACUAAGGCAUCCCAAAUGCCAACUGGUGAAUCCAGGAUCCACAUGCAUAUGUAUCGUUACAUUAUAGGGUUUAGAACAAAAGGAACCCUUCUCUGUGUCUCAUGGUCCCGCCCCCUCAGCCUUGGCGUGAAUUCCUUUAAAAUAAGGGCAGGAAGACUUCUAACUUUCUCUUUGUUCUUCAUUCUGAAACUAAGAACAAGUCUUUCAAAGACAAAUGCAGUGUAUUUAAUAAUGUUUGUAAGCAAAUCUAAGUGAGAUGUUUGGCAAGAAAUCCCUUAACUGAUUUCCAUCCAAACCUACAUAUAUAGCACAAUAUUAUGUGUCGUACAAUUACUGUGAGAACUGUGAAUAUGUGUAACUUUUUUUAGUAUUUGCCCUGGGGAGGGAAAGAUAUUGUAUUAUCAUAUAUGCUUUUUUUUUGCAAUAAGGGUUUAUUCUCAGAACACCAAGUAAAUCUAUCUCUAUAUUAAAAAAUAUAUGUAAUAUAUACAUAUUCAAACUAUAUACAGAGCCUGUUUUAAAAAAAAUUACAGUAUUUAGUAAAAUGAUCUGUUCUAUGGACCAAAUGUAAAAUAUUUAUAAAUGAAGAUGCAUUUUAAAUGUCUAUAAAUGGUGUUAUAACUAGAGCACGGGCGUUAUGUACGUUUCUAAGAAUAUAGAGGAAAAAAUAAUAAAGGUUCUAUGAUAUACAA